CCUCUUAAUCAGGUUGAUUAGAUCGUCCCAGAGCCGGGCCUGGGCCGGCGCUGGGGUUUUGCACCACAGACUUCCUGUGAUCCUGCCUGGGUUUAUUUUUGAAGCAGAGCUUUUUGGGGGGGCUGAAGUGUCGAACACGCAGCAGCGUUAGAGUUAGAGUGUGAGGAAGCUGUGUGGUGUGGGUUCAAAGGUUUCAGAGCUGAAGCACUUCCUCAUCCCUCAGUUCGCAUCACAGAGCCCCACAGAGAUGAGCGCGCUGACCAUGUGUCCCCUCUGACUUCCCCUACGGCCUCGAGGACAGACGGCAGGACGUCUCAGGGAUGCUGAGGAGCAUCUCAGCUGGAAUGUGAAGAUCUGGCUUUAGCUUUGAAUCCCUGAGCGAUGCCUCGAUCUUUCCUGGUGAAGCGAGGAGGGCUGCACCACCUUCGGCCCUCAGCCAGGAGCCCCAGCCCUGUGGUGUUCGGCCCCUCGGAGGAAAAGCUGGAGUCCUGGGACGUUUCCCUGGGGUACUCCACAGCUAAACACCCAGAACUGAAGCAGGCGUCCAUUGCUUCCUCACAGGCUGACCUCUAUGCUGUCGGUGAAACUGAUGCAGAUUUUCAGCUGCAAAUAUUCCCUCCUAAGUCUAACGGCUGCGCUGAGGCCUGCAGUCCUCUUCACUCUGAUACCUUCAUCAAAGAGGAGAAACCAGACGCUGCAGCGUGGCCGCCAUCUCCUGGAAGCUCAGGGUUUCCAGAUAAGCUGUCGAUGGGACACGUGGCUCAGCCGCCGCACAUGGAGAGGGAGACGAGGAGCGGCGGCUGCACCAGGAUCAGACAGGAGUGUCUGCUCUGCUGCAAAAUUUUUUCUUCUCUGUCGAGCUUAAAGACGCACAUAUGUAAAAGUCAUGGGAGCAAAGCGGCGCACCUUAAGGCCAGCAGGGCCGAUAAUACCGAUAAUAGGCGGUCUCCUUACAGGGGCAAGGAGAAGACCUUCGGCUGCGAGGUGUGUGGGAAAGUUUUCAAGCGCUCCUCCACCCUCUCCACCCACCUGCUGAUACAUUCGGACACGCGGCCGUAUCCCUGCCAGUACUGUGGAAAGAGGUUCCACCAGAAGUCGGACAUGAAGAAGCACACCUUCAUUCACACAGGAGAGAAGCCGCAUGUUUGCCAGAUAUGCGGGAAAGCUUUCAGCCAGAGCUCCAACCUGAUCACGCACAGCAGGAAGCACAGAGACGACCGGCCGUACCGCUGCGCUCUCUGCCACUACAGCUUCCAGCACAAAGUGGACCUACGGCAGCACCAGGAGCACCACUGCAGCUUCCGCUGACCUUUGACCUGUAGCCUUCACCACAGGAAGCUCUGAGGACAGGAAGCUGAUUCUCCUGUGGCCUUUAGCAGCCGUACAUAGAAGAAGAAAGGCGGCCGUAGCGCCGGGCGGACUGGGCCCUGGACUAGACUGGCCCCCCACAUUUUGUUUGGUGAACUGAAUGUUUAAACCAGGGAUUCCCAACCUUUCCCAUGCCAAGGCCCCCCUGCACCAGUACAUUCUCAGCUGAACCCCCCCCCCCAUAUGAAACAUGUAAAAACUCAUGUGUAAGCUACAGCAACAGAAUUAAAAAUAAAAACAU